AUGGAGACAAACAUCCGCAUGAAUUCAUUACAGUUUGAUCAUCGUGAAUUAUAUCGUCGACCCAAUGGGCGUACAGUGGCACUUCUCACUCCGCAGAUUCUCAGUGAGGUGGAAAACGAAUUAGUGAACAAUUUAAGCAAUGGGCUAUUUUUUAUUGUGAUAAAUAGUGGUGCGACGUCAUCGUUCAAUGCAGCUCAGUUCAAAAACUCCAGUAUGAAAAAGAGCGAGCUCAGUCCGUCCAUUAUCGAGGCGGCUCUCACACAUAUCAUCGAGAAUUUGGAUAAGUAUCCUAAAGUGAUUGCAGCUUUGAGAGGAGGGAAAAUUGGUUAUCACGACAAAGGUGCAAUGCUUAACGAUAUGGGUGUACGAAAUUUUGUAAUCCAAGGAUCAGCCACAGUUGAUAAUGUAAUGUGA